AUGGCUCCCCAACUCCGUCGUUUGCUUCCCAACAAGGGAUUAUCCUGGUCUCAGGGCGACGUAGUCUUGGGAAAGACCAGACGCGACAGGUCCGUGGUCGACACACUGGCCCGGGUCAUGCCUCUCGACAAGCAGAAUGUUAGGGGUUUUUUGUUGAAGAUGGUGGAGUUCGCUUUGGGGAUGGGGAGGUGGUUGGUUGAGCAGCACGAGGAAUCCUGCGCUCCUCCGGAGACGGUGGUGGAGAUUGACCCGUUUUGGGUGUUUCAAGAAAUGCACAUGCAUUUCACCCAUGAGAUGGGCUGGGAGAACGAGAUGGACUACGCCUUGUUCAUUUCGUUGUUUCAGGAGUUGAUGUAUGCCCGGGAGAGGUAUCGGAACUGGUGGGACAGCACUCCGAGAACCAGCACCAUGCAGGGUAACGGGUUGACCGACGGCUUGGACAAGCUGUAUUUCGAGGUGCCGUUCUUCGCCCGGAAUGAGCUGGAGGUGAAUUUGUGGGUGUCGGCGAGGCUGCGCCAGGACGAGCGUAAGGAGGGGGAGGCCGCGGCGUUCGACAGCGUUGCUGAUGGCCUCCAAGCAUUGGGGGUCAAUCCCGCUGCUCCUCCACGCGUGGACUUUGAGGACGUGCGCCAAGCACUGAAGGAUAUGGAUUUCGAUGAGACCAUGGAAGAUGCGGAGGUUGAGGGUGAGGGGAAGGGUGAUGGGAUGGAGAUGGAGAUGGAUAGGAUGGAUAUGGAGGAGUAA